AUGUCCCAGUUGGAGAAAGCCGAGGUCAACGCCCUCCCGCCCCAGCCCGCGCGGCCGGCCUUCACGCCCGUCAACGCCCAGUUCAGGAAGUUCGGCAACCCCGGGCCUCUCGGGCUGUUCGCGUUCUCGACGACGACGCUGAUGCUCUCGCUCUUCAACGUCUCCGCGCGCGACAUCCACAUCCCGAACGUCAUCGUCGGCAUGACCCUCUGGGUCGGCGGGCUCUCCCAGCUCCUCGCCGGCAUGUGGGAGUUCGCGAGCGCGAACACGUUCGGCGCGACCGCGUUCUCGCUCUUCGGCACGUUCUGGAUGUCGUACGGGACGAUCUACAUACCCAGCUCGGGGAUCCUCGCCGCGUACGCGGCCGCGCCGGACCAGCUCGCGAGCGGGCUCGGGAUCUACCUCUUCAUGUUCUUCAUCAUCUCCGUUAUCCUCACGAUCGCGUCGACGCGCAGGAGCUACGGCCUCAUCGCGCUCUUCUUCAACCUCUCCCUCACGUUCCUCCUCCUCGGCGUCGCGGAGCUGGUGGCGUCGACGGCGAAGCACACGGUCAAGGGCGGCGGCGCGUUCGGGAUCAUCACGGCGGCUAUCGGGUUCUACAUCGGGACCGCGCAGCUGCUCAACCGCGAGGAGUCGUGGUUCACGCUCCCGACGGGGCCGAUUGCGCCGCGCCUCGACUGA